GACGGACCACCAUGAAGGCCUCAGGCACGCUUCGGGAGUACAAGGUGGUGGGGCGCUGCUUGCUCACCCCGAAGUGCCACACACCACCACUAUACCUUAUGCGCAUUUUCGCGCUCAACCAUGUGGUGGCCAAGUCCCGCUUCUGGUCCCAGCUGAAGAAGAUGAAGUCAUCCGGGGAGAUAGUACAUUGUGGAGAGGUGCGACCUGAGGUCCCACUGCAGGUGAAGAACUUUGCCAUCUGGCUUCACUAUGACUCCCGAAAUGGCACAUACAACAUGUGCCGAGAGUACUGGGACCUGACUGUCACACAGUGCUACCGAGACAUGGGUGCCCAGCACUGUGCCCGUACACACUGCAUCCACAUCAUGAAGGUGGAAGAGAUUGCAUCGGGCAAGUGCCAACGGCCAGCUGUCAAGCAGUUCCACGAUUCCAAGAUCAAGUUCCUGCUGCCUCACCGUGUGUUGCGGUGCCAGCACAAGCCACACUUCACCACCAAGAGGCUUAACACCUUCUUCUAG